UGAAAAUCCCAAUUGUCACCCACAAAAUUCAAUGCGUCUUGAGUUCAGAGCUUUUCCAGAUUGAAUCUGGUUUCUUUCAAGUCCGAAUUCAUCCUCAUCUUUCCAUGUUUCUCUCGGAUUGCAUGGGCGUUGACUAUUUACCGGUGGACCUUCAUAAAGCAAAGGCCUCCAUGGCUCCAACUCUCCCACCUCCACCACCUUUCUCCUCUUUUGACUCCAAUGCGUACGCCCAAAUCUGCACGAAACUUCACAUGCAUAUCACAUACUCAUUACUUUAUCAAUUGAAACACCCAUCUGUCUGAUUCGAGAAUCUAAUUUGAACUUUUGGUUGGGAAGUAAUAGCAGCCGGUGGGUGAAAAGAGCGAGAGACAUAGAACCAUAUUUGAAGCGUUGCUUAGGGUUCAUUGCCAACCCACUUGGGAAAAAGUGUUUUCUGUUUCUGAUAGAUACAUUGAACCUGGAUGGGAUUUGAGGCUUGAGGGCGUUCUGCGUAAUUGGUGAGUUUGUUAAGUUAAGUAUACUCUACAAUGGCUCAUCAAGAUAAGGAUCAUGAAACAAAGGACAUGGAGACAAGAACUUUUAUCCCCUCACAGAAUGUACCUUACAUUCACAAAGUUGGAAUACCCCCAAAACAAGGUCUCUUGAAGGAAUUCAAAACCACAGUGAAAGAAACGUUUUUUUCAGAUGAUCCUCUACGCCCUUUUAAAGAUCAACCAAAAUCUAGACAAUUUAUGCUUGGCCUUCAAGCAGUGUUCCCAAUUCUUGAAUGGGGUAGAAAUUAUAAUCUCAAAAAGUUUAGAGGAGACCUUAUUGCAGGACUCACCAUUGCAAGUCUUUGUAUUCCUCAGGACAUUGGGUACUCAAGACUUGCAAAUUUACCUCCUCAGUUUGGACUAUACUCAAGCUUUGUGCCCCCUUUGAUUUAUGCAUUUAUGGGUAGUUCAAGAGAUAUAGCCAUUGGACCAGUUGCAGUGGUGUCUCUCUUAUUAGGGACACUUCUUCAAAAUGAAUUUGAUCCAGUGAGUGAUGCACUUGAGUAUCGUAGGCUUGCGUUUACAGCUACAUUUUUUGCAGGGAUUACCCAAGCUACCCUUGGAGUUCUCAGAUUAGGGUUCCUUAUUGACUUCCUAUCACAUGCUGCUGUUGUUGGAUUUAUGGGUGGAGCUGCCAUCACUAUCGCUCUUCAACAACUCAAGGGCUUUCUUGGAAUAAAACAUUUCACAAAGAAAACUGAUAUUAUUUCUGUAAUGAAAUCAGUUUUUGGGUCUAUUGAUCAUGGGUGGAAUUGGCAGACAAUAGUGAUUGGAGCAAGUUUUCUAGCUUUCCUACUCUCGGCUAAAUACCUUAGUAAAAAGAAUAAGAAGCUCUUUUGGGUGUCUGCAAUUGCACCAUUAAUCUCAGUUAUCUUGUCUACUUUAUUCGUGUACAUCACACAUGCGGAUAAGCAAGGUGUUGCAAUUGUGAAACAUAUAGAGAAAGGAAUCAACCCUCCAUCUGUAAAUGAGAUUUAUUUCUCGGGUGAAAAUCUUUUAAAAGGGUUUCGGAUUGGUAUAGUGGCUGGCAUGAUAGCAUUAACGGAAGCUGUUGCUAUUGGAAGAACAUUUGCUUCAAUGAAAGACUACCAAGUAGAUGGGAACAAAGAAAUGAUAGCAUUGGGAACAAUGAAUGUUGUAGGCUCAAUGACAUCAUGCUAUGUUGCAACAGGUUCUUUUUCACGAUCAGCUGUAAAUUACAUGGCAGGAUGCCAAACAGCAGUUUCCAACAUAGUGAUGUCAUUAGUUGUAUUUUUAACCUUAAAAUUCUUGACACCACUUUUUGAGUACACCCCAAAUGCAAUCCUAUCUUCCAUCAUCAUAUCUGCUGUAAUUGGUUUAAUCGAUUAUGAAGCUGCAAUUUUAAUCUGGAAAAUUGACAAAUUCGAUUUUGUUGCUUGUUUGGGAGCUUUUCUUGGUGUGGUUUUCGCAUCAGUGGAGAUUGGUCUUUUAAUUGCUGUCUCGAUAUCUUUUGCUAAGAUUCUUCUUCAAGUUACAAGGCCAAGAACUGCUAUUUUGGGAAGGAUUCCAAUGACAACUGUUUAUAGGAACAUUCAACAGUAUCCGGAAGCAACUAAAGUCCCUGGUGUUUUGAUUGUCAGGGUUGAUUCUGCUAUUUAUUUCUCUAAUUCCAACUACACUAAAGAAAGAAUAUUGAGAUGGUUAACCGAGGAAGAAGAUCAUUUGAGAGCAACAUAUCAACCAAAAGUUCAAUCCUUGAUCAUCGAGAUGUCACCUGUUACAGAUAUCGACACUAGUGGAAUACAUGCAUUUGAAGAGUUGUACAGGAGUCUGGUUAAGAGAGAUGUUCAGCUUGUUCUUGCAAACCCUGGUCGACUGGUGUUAGACAAGUUAUAUGCAUCGGGUUUCCCAGAUCUAAUAGGUGAAAACAAGAUCUUUCUCACAGUUGCAGAUGCUGUUCUCACUUGUGCACCCAAGAUCCUUCAACAAGUAUGAUCAACCAACUUCACCACAUGAAAUGAGCAGAGUUUUUGUAGAUAUGAGCUCUAGAUAUCCAUAUAUACAUACAUAUAUAUUAUAACUCAAAACUACAAUAACAAGAAGAAAGCAUGAAAUUUUGGAGGGGAAAACGUUUAGUCAGCGGUUAGACAUUCAAACUUGUUGUGGAUCUGUAAAAUGGAGAAAGGUUAAAAGAUUGAAGCUCCUAAAACGGUUUUUGGAUCUCUUCAGUUCUUUGUUUUAGGAUGCUUGCAAGCUUUAGAUGUAACGAAUCAAUCUGAAUCAAGAUUUCAUGUUUCCUUUGAAGGGGUAUUAUUGUACUUCAAUGGUUGUUUUUUAUUUAUAUGUUUUUACUUUUUAA